AUGCCAACGCUCAGCCUCCUGACCCUGCUGGCUGGCCUGCUGGCGACCUCUAAGGCCAGCUCAGCGCCCCUUGUGGACGUUGUGGGUGGCAGGAAGGCUAAGUUGCAGGAGCCUCCGUUCCUGGCCUCCAUGCAGCCUCAGGGGCGUCACUUCUGCGGGGGGGCUCUGGUUCACCAGCGCUUUGUGCUGACAGUGGCCAGCUCCUUUCAGAGCCAGAACUCUGGAACUGCCACCGUGGUGCUGGGGACCUAUGACCUGAGGUGGCAGGAGAAUUCCAGGCAGAGGUUCUUCCUCAGGCCCAUCAGCGAGAAUGGCUAUGACCCCCAGGAGAAUCUGAAUGACCUGCUGCUCCUGCAGCUGGAUGGUGAAGCCAACCUUCCCAGCAGAGUGGCACUGGUACCACUGCCCCAGCAGAAUGACACAGUGGAAGCCGGCACUAACUGCCAGAUGGCAGGCUGGGGCUCAAGAGCGUCCCACUUCCCAAGGGUGUUCAAUGUCACCGUGACCCCCUCGGACCAGUGUCGCCCCAGCAAUGUGUGCACUGGCAUCCUCACCCGCCGGGGCAGCAUCUGCCAGGGAGACAGGAGCACCCCUCUCAUCCGAAACAGCCUGGCAUACAGUGUGGCCUCCUUCUCCAUGGAGCCCUGUGGCAGGGGCCCCAACUUCUUCGCCCACGUGGCGCUCUUCUGAUAUUAGAUUGAUUCUGUAGUAAACCCCUCACCUACCAAAGCCAUGGGGGGACUGUGACCCCCACCUCUGACACCCCCACCCCCAACCUGUGUGGUUGUGACUCUAAU